AUGGAGACCAUCAAGAACGCCGCCAACUACGUCGCCGAGUCCGUCCAGGGCGGAGGUGCCGCCGCUUCCAAGGAAGCCAACAAGCAAGUCGCCAAGGACAGCGACGCCAGCCUCGGAACCCGUGCCACUGCCGCCAAGGAUGCCAUCGGAGACAAGAUUGACCAGACCUCCCACGAGGGUAAGGCUGAUCUCCACAAGGAGGCUGCCAAGCACUAA